GUGUGCGUUGCAACCCUCUCAUAAACACUAAUGAGUGUAUUCUGGGCAAACAACGAUAUCUGUGUGUGUUCGCGCGUGCGUGUGCGGGUGCGUUUGCUCGCGGCAGGACGGCUAGCAGAUGUCCGCACGCAUCGAUAAGUCUCGUUCGUGUUGUUGCAGCGUCACUCCGUUUGAAUGAAGUUCAGCCCGAGAACUGUUAGCCCAACUCUUCGUUCUCGCCCCGGUGGAUUGAAAAAAACAGGAGAAAGAGAAGAAGCAACAAAAAAAACAACAACAACACGAGCUGAGGAAGUCAAAGGUUGCCGAACAUGCCGGUGUUUACAGUAAAUGUGAAAUGGGGCAAAGAGAAGUUUGAUGCGAUAGAGCUGAACACCGAGGAGCCACCCAUGGUCUUCAAGGCUCAGCUCUUCGCCCUGACAGGAGUUCAGCCGGACAGACAGAAGGUCAUGGUGAAGGGAGGCACUCUGAAGGAUGACGAGUGGGGGAACAUUAAACUGAAGAAUGGAAUGACUCUGCUGAUGAUGGGCUCAGCGGAAGCCCUGCCUGAGGAACCUGCCGUCCGGCCCAUGUUUGUGGAGGACAUGACCGAGGAGCAGCUGGCAUCGGCGAUGGAGCUGCCGUGUGGGCUGACGAACCUGGGCAACACCUGUUACAUGAACGCCACGGUGCAGUGUCUGCGCUCUGUGCCGGAGCUCAAAACUGCCCUCAGAAGGUAUACAGGUGCUCUGCGAUCUUCAGGGGCCAAUGCACCGUCACAAUACAUCACCGCAGCCCUUCGUGACUUGUACGAGACCAUGGAAAAGACCUCGUCCAGCCUGCCGCCCAUCAUCCUGCUGCAGUUCCUUCACAUGGCCUUUCCACAGUUUGCCGAGAAGGGGGAUCAGGGACAGUACCUCCAGCAGGAUGCCAACGAGUGCUGGCUGCAGAUGAUGAGAGUGCUUCAGCAAAAGCUGGAGCCGUUAGAGCCAGAGACCUCCAUGGAGGUUGAGAGCGGAGCCGCCUCGUCCUCUACAAAGAAGAACUUAAUCGAUCAGUAUUUCGGGGUGGAAUUCGAAACUGCUAUGAAAUGCACAGAGUCUGAGGAGGAGGAGCCAAUCAAGGGAAAGGAAAACCAGCUCCAGCUCAGUUGCUUCAUCAACCAAGAAGUCAAGUACCUCGCAACAGGACUGAGACUGAGGCUGCAGGAAGAAAUCACAAAAAUGUCUCCAUCCUUGGAAAGAAAUGCCCUGUAUAUCAAAUCUUCAAAACUCAGCCGUCUGCCGGCCUACUUGACUGUUCAAAUGGUUCGAUUUUUCUACAAGGAGAAGGAGUCCGUCAAUGCAAAAGUCCUUAAGGAUGUCAAGUUCCCCCUCAUGCUGGAUGUCUAUGAGCUUUGCACCGCGGAGAUCCAGGAGAAAAUGCUGCCAAUGAGGUCAAAGUUCAAGGAGCUGGAGGAUAAGAAUCUAGAGCAACAGCAGAAGAAGUUGGUGAAGAAGCCCGAUGCCGCGAAAGUGAAAUAUGAGCCGUUCUCCUUCCCCGAUGACCUCGGCUCCAACAACAGCGGCUACUACGACCUGCAGGCCGUGCUGACGCACCAGGGCCGCUCCAGCUCUUCGGGUCACUACGUGGGAUGGGUCAAGAGGAAAGAAGAUGAGUGGGUGAAGUUUGACGACGACAAGGUGAGCCUGGUGUCUCCGGAGGAUAUCCUGCGGCUGUCCGGCGGCGGCGACUGGCAUAUAGCGUACGUUCUACUGUACGGCCCCCGGAGGCUGGAAAUACUAGAAGAGGAAGCGUAGCCGCGGAAGAUUUCCUAGAAGAAGACGACAUGCGUACACACAAAAAAUGCCAUUUCCCCCCCCCGAGCACUGUCUGCAUAGAUGUGCAAUAAAACCGGUGUCUUUAAAGAUU